UCCGGCGUGGAGAAGCCUUGACCACGUGCGGUGGGGUGGGCUGUUGGCUGAGUGGACCAGAGAGCUGGGUUCAAGAGGUUGCCCAGCGCGUGGCAACCUCUUGCGAGGCCGAGAUGGCGUCGUCCCAGCAGUCGCGGGUCCUGCGGUGCUGCUCCUGCCGCCUCUUCCAGGCGCACCAGGUGACAAUAAGCCUGAAGUGGACAUGCAAGGCAUGUGGAAAGAAGCAGUCAUUUCUGCGGGCAUAUGGUGAGGGCUCUGGUGCUGACUGUAGACGCCACGUCCAAAAAUUAAAUCUGCUGCAAGGACAGGUCUCGGAGAUGGCACUCAGGUCUCUGGAAGAAGCCGGGCAGCCCGCUGGCGAGGAGAACACAGCUUCUCAGCAGACUGAGCACCCAAGUCUGCAGGGUGGACUCCAGCCCUCAGAAAGCCGCUGGCUGAAGUACCUGAGGGAGGACACUGCUGACAGACUGGAGCCAGAUGGAGAGUGUUUGCAGACAGAGCAGCCAGGCCGUCCCUUCAGUAAAGACCUGCCUAGAAAAAGGAAGUGGAGCCCAAGCACAACCCAGCUUCCACACGUUGCCGACGUGCAGGACUCUGUGGUCACCUGGAAGCCCCAGGGCCAUGUGAGCCAGAGGGGAAAACACCAUGAAGGAAGCAGCUGUGAGGACUCAGGCACCAGGAGUGAACCACCACAUCCUGCCCAGCAGGUCAGAGCCGAGUCUAAGUGGGACCUAUUUCUGCCACCUGGAAACAGCCCACAUGGGGACACGGAGCUUCAGACAUCCCUGUGGAGAGACCCCAGGCCAACUGAUCAGGGGCCCCCCAGCUGUGGCCCUGGUGGGCACCAGCUCCCAGGAACCACCUUGGGUCAUGAGCCCUGUGGGGAGUCCCCUGAGCAGUUGUGGGACACAAGCCGUCGGGCAGAGGACAGACACUUGGUUACACGGACACAAAAGCCCCCCCUGGUGCGAAUGUGGGACCUCUUUAAAACAGGUGAGGACUUCGAUGACAACCUGUGAGCUGAGUAUCUGAUGGCCAUGGAUGCCUCUGGUGGAGCCCAGAUCCCUGGCUCCUGAGGUUGUUCCUACAUAGCAGGAUGAACACACUUCAUGGGAACUGCCGAGAACAAACAUGACCCGUACAGAAGUGUCUUGACUAAAGUGCUUAUAUUGUGUAAUUAAAUUGUUAACAAAUACAGUAA